AUGAACAGGGUGUUUCAUGAUGUGCUAGACAAGUAUGUUAUCGUCUUUAUUGAUGAAACUCUGGUCUACUCUAAGAGUGAAGAAGAGCAUGCAAACCACCUCUGCCUCGUGCUACUGCGCUUGAGAGAAAAGCAACUGUACGCCAAAUUCAGCAAGUGCGAGUUCUGGUUGCAACAUGUGGCUUUCCUAGGGCACCUAGUCUCUGCUAAGGGUAUUGAAGUGGAUCCCGGCAAAGUGAAGUCUAUAGUUGACUGGGAGGCACCCAAGAGUGUGGCAGAUAUUCGCAGCUUCCUGGGUCUAGCCGGCUACUAUAGAAGGUUCAUUGAGAACUUCUCAAGGAUUUUAGCUCUUAUGACUCGACUAACUCGGAAGGGAGUGAAGCUCGAGUGGUCCGAUGAUUGUGAGAAAAGAUUCUAG